AUGGAAGUAAUCGGAGGAGGAAGCAAGGAGGUUGGUGAGGGAGGAGGCAUUGGGGUUGUUGGAGGAGCCAUGGAAGUCAUCAGAGGAGGAAGCAAGGAGGUUGGUGGGGGAGGAGGCAUUGGGGUUGUUGGAGGAGCCAUGGAAGUCAUCGGAGGAGGAAGCAAGGAGGUUGGUGGGGGAGGAGGCAUUGGGGUUGUUGGAGGAGCCAUGGAAGUCAUCGGAGGAGGAAGCAAGGAGGAUGGUGGGGGAGGAGGCAUUGGGGUUGUUGGAGGAGCCAUGGAAGUCAUCGGAGGAGGAAGCAAGGAGGUUGGUGGGGGAGGAGGCAUUGGGGUUGUUGGAGGAGCCAUGAAAGUCAUUGGAGGAGGAAGCAAGGGGGUUGGUGGAAGAGGAGGCAUGGGAAUUGGUAGAGCAGUAUGCACAAAAGAUGGAGAAGUGUUCAUAGACUUACGAAUGUGAUGCUCCAUGUUACCUAUAUGAGUGCAAAUCCCUUGUGGAGAUAGGUGGAGCCCGUCUCUUGAGAGGAGGUUCCGGAUCACAUCACUGCCACCCUUGAAUACUCUAUCAUUAUUGAUGAAUCGACAGUAUUCUAAUCUGUAGAAUAGAAAUAAUUGCCUGUUAUAUUGUAUGUGACCUGAGUGGGGAUGAGAAAAUUGGUCUUCACAAUAAUUAUUAUCAUUCACCCAAUCGAUAAUGAAGAGACUGAACAUAUAAGUAUGAAUGAAUGAACAUAUUUAUUACAUGCAAGAUGAAAUAUAUUAUAGAUUUAUAAAACUGUUGGAAAUAGAAUUAGAGAGAUACUUGAACACAGAUGGAAAUUGAUGAGAAAUUGCAUUCCAAAUCCCAAUGAAUGAACAUUAUUAUUAUUAAAACAGAAAAUACAAAGUUACAUAUAUGUUGUGAACCACCCGGAAGACUUCUGUUGCUGUAAAUAUUGACAGCAUAUCCAGAAUGGUUUACAUCGUUAUACUUUGGAUUCUCGUUUGAUAAUAAUUUUACACUUGAUCAAUUGCAAAUACUUUCAUGAAAUAUCCUACCUAUCACACAUUUUUCUGAACAAGACGUUCGCAACAAUUGCCUUUCCAUUCAAAAAAUCGAUUCGCUCCUCUUCAUUAAGUCCCCAAUUUUUGAACCCACUCACAUCCCUCGGCAAGAUGCUGGAAAUGUGAAUCAAUGCUUUCUUGUGCUGAAUGUGAAUUUUUUCAAUCAGCUUCAAAAGUCGCUGUGCAAUCGUUGCUGGCCGGUCCCUGGUAGGGACAUUAUUUAUUCCCAAGUGAAGAAUGAUGUGAUCUGUGUUUUCUGAGAUUUGAACCUCAAUCACAUCUUAGAUUCUCCGUCCUGAUACAGAGUCCACAGUCACCUGAAGGAAUACAAAUCUUCAUUGCAUUAAUCUAUAUACCCAAAUCUAGUUCAUAUAAGCAAAGUCAAUGUAUAUUUGACAUUGAAUUUUAAGUAGGCCUAGAUAUCAAGUAAUUAUGGAUAUACCAAAAAUUGAUAGUAUCAAGUUUAAUAUCUGUAAUUGAAUGAAAUUUCAAGGAAUCAACUUACUUUCAGAUAUCCUUUUUUUAAAUAUUUGUUAAAAUAUUUAGUUUGGCUAGCACCAAUUAUUAUCAUCACGUGGUUAGCCAUUUUCACCUGCAAUGAGAAUUUCAGGAUAUCACAAAACAUUACAA